AUGAAUUACAUUUAUAAAAAACUCGACCGUUUAAAUGUUCUUGGUCGUGUGUCGACCGUCACUUGUGACGGUGCUUCAAAUAUGACAAAAGCAUUCGAUACAUUUGAAGCUGUCGAUCGUCUAUGGUGUUUAGGACACCGUCUACACCUUAUCGUAACUAAUGCACUUGGUUUCUGGUUGAAAGACAAAAAUAAAGAAAUCAAUGAUGCAAUCGAUGAUACGACAACAAUCAAUCCGACUGAUGAUGUUGGCGACUUGGAUACAAAAGAAAUAUUCAAUGACGAAGAGGAUGCUUUGGCGGCAAAUGACAGCGAUGAAGAAACUGAAAUGGAAGAUGCACAAACAGAUAUUAAUGGUUAUGGUCCAAUCGACGAUGGAUGGGGCGACGAUGUCAUUACAGAAGACAAUUAUUCCUUGCAAAGUAGAACCUCGAAGGUUAGUCAAAUUCUUACGCCAUUUGAUCUUGCCACAAAGCUCUUAAGUGACCGACAGUAUCCGACGAUUGGUUUGUGUUUAUUUGCCAUUCAUCAUCUCAAACUAUUUCUCGAUGAUACCGAAGGUGAUACUGAAUUAGAACAACAACUCAAACGUUCUUUUCUUGACAAAAUGGCAAAAUACAUUGAUGACGAAAAGGAACAAAUGCGUAUGUUACGAGUAAGUCUCACUUCUUAACUAAAGAUUACGUUGUACAACCCUCUGGCCAUCUUCUGUUAGAUCUAUAGAUAUUUCGAUCCCAUGGGAUUCGCUGUACUACCAGAUCGAGAAAGAACCAUGGUAGAAAGAGAGCUAAAAAAAAUUGUCGAGCGCAAAUCCUGACAAAAGUUCGGAUUCGGUAUCAACAAGUACACAAUCGACCACUGAAUGUGAGACAACGUCGAAACGCACCAAUUAAUGCUUUUUUUU